AUCAAACUUCAUUGGCAGUAAUAAUAACUGAAUCAAGUAGCUGCUGAGAAGAGAGCAAUAUCUGAAAGAACAAAUUCGACUUUCAUUCGACUAAGCUCCGCCGUGCUUUGUUGUAAUUUUCUGUGUGCUUAUAAUGGAAAAUAUUGACGAGAAAUUCCAGAAGGACUUUUUGAGUUUCUUGGAGAGCUCACAAAGUCUGACCAAGUGGCGCCCCACCGGCGGACCAGAGCUCAUGUACAUUGCUCUGUCGAACGAGAGCUGCGACUUGGACUCUGUGGUGAGCACGCUGGCCAUUGCCUAUUUGCGCUAUCGCAAUCCGGGCACACUGCAUCACAACUUUAUGCCCGUAUUGAAUAUGAUGCGACGCGACUAUGCCAGCAAAACAGAGGUGCGCUUCCUGCUGGCGAAGCAGUCGAUCACACCGGAUCGCCAUCUGGUCUUUCGCGACGAUGUGCCCGAGGAACUGCUGCUGCGCUGCCGCUUCAUUUUGGUGAGCCAUCAUGUGAGCCCGUUCCACUACUGCACCGAGGAGGUCUACGACUUCCGGCCGUAUCAGUGCGAGGCAGCCCGCCUGCCCAUCUACUGUCAGCGCAUCAUGCACCCGAUGCGCUCCUGCGCCGCCCUGAUAAUCGAGCGCUACGACAGCCCCAUCUAUAACUAUGUGAAUGUGCGCUGCCUGCGCGUCUUCGAGCUGCUGCAUGCCGGGCUGCUGCUGCAGAACUGCAACUUUAUGAUGGACCCGAUCGAUCAGCUGCACACAGUGCGCGACUACCAGCUGCUGUUGUAUCUGGAGAAGCAUCUGGGCCAGCUGGAGAUGUCGCAGCGCGCGCAGCUCUACGACGCGCUGAUCAAUGCCAUGUUCGAUCUGAACGAGCUGACGCUGCCGCAGAUCUUGCGGCGCGAGUUCAGGCUGCUGCGCGCCAACAACGGCAUCCACCUGGUGCGCGUCGCCCAGUGCUGCUUCCCCAUGGCCGUCACCCGUUUCAUCUCGUUCGAGUUCGCCCAACUGGCCGUGCAGCAGUUCGCCGCGGAGCACAACUGCGACUUCAUCAUGCUGCUCGGCACCAGCGUGCACCCGAUGGGCGGUUUGGUGGUGAAGGAGCUCGGCCUGAUACCGAUGGACUCGCUGCGCGAUGUGGAGGACAGACGGCUCUUCGAUCACAUGAUUAUCAAUCUGAAUGCCUCGAUCGAGCCGAUGCUGGCGCUGGAGCCGUAUCGCGGCCUCAACUUCAUGCAGGGCGUGUUCUUCUUCGUCAAUGUGUGGAACGUGCAGUUCCAGGAUAUGAUGCAGCUGCUCCAAAGCAUUGUCUUCAACUGGGUAUCCAAGGACCAGAACUUUAUCGCCUAACCAGGCAUUA